CACCCACUCCCCCACGGCGGCAUCCGUCGAAAUCCGCAAGGGCAGCCAGGCGAGGCGACGAGAGAGUGGAAAACGAGAGAGGGGUAGAGAAAAAAAAAAUGCUGCGCCACGCCGCCCGCCGUCUCGCCUCCCGCGCCGCAGUGGCGCCCACCGCCCGCCGGGCGCUCGCCACGGCGGAGGUGCCCGCGGAGGCCGCCGAGGACUCCACGUUCGUGGAGGCGUGGAAGAAGGUCGCCCCCAACCUCGAGCCCCCCAAGACGCCCAUCUCCCUGAUGCAGCCGCGCCCGCCCACUCCGGCCGCCAUCCCCACCAAACUCACCGUUAACUUCGUCCUCCCAUACAAGUCCGAGAUCGCCAACAAGGAGGUUGACAUGGUGAUCGUACCAGCUACUACUGGUCAGAUGGGUGUUUUGCCAGGCCAUGUUGCAACAAUUGCUGAGCUCAAGCCUGGUGUUCUCUCAGUACAUGAGGGGAACGAUGUGACCAAGUACUUUGUGAGCAGUGGGUUUGCAUUCGUCCAUGCAAACUCCAUAGCUGACAUUGUUGCUGUUGAGGCGGUCCCUGUGGAUCAGAUCGACCCAGCCUUGGUCCAAAAGGGUCUCGCUGAUUUCACUGCCAAGCUUGGGUCAGCCUCAACUGACUUGGAGAAGGCUGAGGCUCAGAUUGGAGUCGAUGUCCACAGUGCGCUCAAUGCUGCAUUGACCAGUUAAUUGAUGACACCUCAAGUUGUUUGCGUCUGUCUUUUGCAUCUACAUUUUUAGAAUGUGAGUUGGAAGUUUGCAUACUCAUGGACAUGGGAUGGAGGGAAUGAUCCUAAAUAAAUUAUACUCCAUCUAAAACAAGGACUUUUGUUUCUUCUUUUACAUGAAUCCUGCAUGGAUUUCUUUUUGUACUGGUGAAUAUUUUUCCUCUGAGAUCCAAGACCUGGUGCUGCUUUCAGUUUUCA